AUGGGGCUGCUGGCCUUGAAUUCUGGGGUCCCACAAGCCCUGCUGACAGCCUGUGCCCCUCACCAGUUCCGCUGGGUAGAGAAGCAUCUGGGGCCCCAGUUCGUGGAGCGCAUCAUCCUGACCAGGGACAAGACAGUGGUCUUAGGGGACCUGCUCAUCGAUGACAAGGACACCAUCCAAGGCCAAGAGGAGACCCCGAGCUGGGAGCACAUCUUGUUCACCUGCUGCCACAAUCAGCACCUGGCCCUGCCCCCCACGAGGAGAAGGCUGCACUCCUGGGGCGACAACUGGAGGGAGAUCAUAGUCAGCAAACGGGGAGCCCUGCAGCUGGACCCAAAAGGCCAGAGAUGAUGCAGGAAUAAGCCAGGGACACUUGGUGGGAGGGGGCAGAGCAGCGUCUGGCAGGCUAAGAGGAGAGAUAGGAGAUAGUGUCGGGAGGGCUCACAGGCCAGGCCAGCGCAGAACCUGGGGGCAGCCCUGGGGAGGGGGCGAACCAGACCAGAGGCUUUUAAUAAAACACUUUGGCCCACUGU